UAUUAAAGCCUCGAGCACGCAGGCUCAGUUUGAGAGGAAGCGGCUGCUGGGUGAUGUGGAUGUGUGAGUGCUCCAGAAUUCAAGUUACCAGAAGCGGGGAGAUUGAUCAAAAGCGCCGGAAACAAUGGAGACGUGAGCGUGAGAGAACAAAUAAGUGACAGUUAACCGAAAACAUCUAAGGGGCCCAAUGGCAGAGUAUGACCCAAGCGAGCGCACCCCGCUGAACAGUCCUGGGUCCGAAGAGGGGGGCGAUUUGGAGGUGUUUCCGUCGGUGCACUACGAUAGGACUAGUCAUACGAUUAAAGUGAAUCCGGGAGGGGCGGUGAGGGUCCCCGUGACAGCAGAGAGCGCUCUCCCCGAGGUGGAUGUAGAGUGCUCCGGAGAGGAGGAGCUGUUGCUGCCAGGACUUGAGGGGUCCUCAUCGCCGAAGUGGAGCAAAGGGAAGCGGGCGAGACGGAUCAGGCUUACCUCAUCGUCAGAUAAAGAAAACGUAAUCACUGCAGCUAGCAUCGGCGGCACUGGAGAGCUUAACUCCUUUCCAGAAGACCCUGAGUUUUCUGAGAUCAUCCAGAAAGCCGAGCAGGCUAUUGAGAGUGGUUUUUUACCUGAGAGGAUUUCCCAGGGUUCAAGCGGCAGCUACUUUGUUAAGGAUUGCAAAGGGAAUAUUAUUGGAGUAUUCAAACCGAAAUCUGAAGAGCCUUAUGGGCAUCUGAACCCAAAAUGGACCAAAUAUUUCCACAAGACCUGCUGCCCCUGUUUCUUUGGAAGAGGGUGUCUGGUGCCUAACCAAGGCUACCUGUCAGAAGCGGCUGCCUCCCUUGUAGACCAAAAGCUGGGUCUGGGAAUUGUACCCAAAACUAAGGUGGUGUUCCUGGUUAGUGAAACAUUUCACUACAGUGCAAUAGAUCGUGCGAAAUCACGAGGGAAGAAAUAUGCUUUGGAGAAAGUGCCCCAGGUUGGUCGAAGAUUUCAUCGGGUUGGAUUGCCUCCUAAGGUUGGCUCUUUCCAGCUCUUUGUUGAAGGCUAUAAGGAAGCAGAUUUCUGGUUAAGGAAGUUUGAGACUGAACCCCUUCCAGAGAACACCAGGAAACAACUACAGUCUCGGUUUGAGCGACUGGUGGUCUUGGAUUAUGUCAUUAGGAACACUGACCGAGGCAGUGACAACUGGUUAGUGAAGUAUGAGAAACCAGAGGACAAGCCCAAAGCCUCUGAAAAGGACACCGAGUGGGCAGUGAACAAAGACCCAGCCAUCAAAAUAGCUGCGAUAGACAAUGGGCUGGCAUUUCCCUUUAAGCAUCCAGAUGAGUGGAGAGCCUAUCCGUUUCACUGGGCAUGGCUUCCACAGGCUAAAGUUCCCUUUUCUCAGGAAACCAGAGAUUUGGUUCUAUCCCGUAUCUCAGACAUGAAUUUUGUGCAGGACCUUAGCGAGGACCUAUAUGAGAUGUUUAAGGCGGACAAAGGGUUUGACAAAGCUAUAUUUGAAAAACAGAUGUCAGUAAUGAGAGGACAGAUUUUAAAUCUCACUCAAGCUUUAAAAGAUGGGAAGAGCCCCAUUCAACUGGUUCAGAUGCCCCGUGUGGUAGUGGAGAGGAGCCGCAGUGGAAGCCAGGGCCGUAUAGUCAAUGUCGGCAAUGCCUUCACACAGACUUUCCACUGCAAGAGGCCCUUCUUCUCCUCUUGGUAGACCUCCCUGCAGACCCUUCCAGGAGCUGUGCCGGGACAAGCUUAUUCACUGGACAGACAUGGAGAUUGAAGCCGAGUGGACUACGACAAGAGAAUCUGUGUGUUUGAGACGGCGAAAGUAAACAAUUGCCAAAAUAUAAUAAUAAUAAAGCAAAUGUUAACUUGAAUAUUUGCUACAUUUUUUUAAAUGUAAUUGCAAGUUUACAGGUGUUUUCUCUAAAUAUAUAUAUAUAUAUAUAU